GGAGGGAGGCAGGCGUGAUGGAGGCGGUGACGGUGUUCCUGAAGGUGGCACUGGCGGAGGUCGCGUCUCUGGCAGUCGCCAACGCACGCUCACCUCUCAGCUCAGGGAAUCAGAUGGUGCUGCCAGACGCUGGGGGCGCUGUUCGGUCAGUGUUGGAAGCCUCUGUCAUGCCGUACAGCUCUGUUCUCUUGUUUACCGAUGGCGACACUUCCGCUCACACAGUCUACAAGGCGAUGAGGGAGAUAGUGGUGGCGCCCUUUGGUGUUGGAGUGAUGGAGGUGGAGACAAGUGGGGGAGAGAACGAAACCCUUCACCAUCACGUGGCGUCAGUAGUCCGGCUGGCUAGAAGCUUCCGUGACAUGGUCUGGCUCCUGACGGUGGUGGUGGUGAGCGACGACCCCGCCUUCCUCUCCGCCUUCGCCGAAGUCGCCGACGAGGAGCGCCUGCUGGUGUGGUCGACGCGGGUCCUUGUGGUCAGCAACCUAGACCUAGGAGACCUGGCCCGCCUGCUGGCCUCCUACCGGGCCUUCGCCACCAUGAACGUGAUGGCUGUCACCCCGGAGGAGGAGGAGGAGGGGAUGACACCAGGGGCUCUCAGGCCCCGCGGGAUCGUCCUCCACCUGCCACACUCGCCAGGAGGGAGCAAGACGACCCGUGUAGCGACCUGGACCCCGUCAGGAGGACUCGUCUACCACUCCAGCCUGUUGCUCUUUCCACAAAAGUAUGACAAUUUCUACGGAGGCCCGGUGACGGUGGCGGUCCUCCACGCCCCUCCGUACUGGAUAGAGACGGAGGAGACUUCCCCCGAAGGCGCCACCGUCAAAAGGUUCUCGGGACGGGACUGGCUCCUGCUGGUGUCGGUGGCGCGAGCUCUCAAUUUUACCAUUAGUCACCUGCCUUGCAAGGACUGGGCGGAAGCGAUGGACCGCAUCAAGGACAGGUCAGCGCUCAUCUCCCCGGCCGUGUACGUGGUGAUGCGGCACCUGCUGGCGACCAGGGACUACACUGUGUCUAUAGAGCCGGAUACACUCACCUUCAGCAUGGCCGCCCCGUCCCACGCCCCCAGCUGGGUGUCCAUCUACUACCCCUUCACUUUCACCGUCUGGCUUCUUAUCCUGAUGGUGCUCGUGCUUGUUCCCGGUUCGCUGUUGGUGCUAAGCCGUACUGGCGAAGUCGUCCCAGAGGCAACUGCCGAAGGUGCUAGUGUCAACACGUGGCGAGGUUCGAUCCUGCAGGCGACAUUUCGAGCGGUGCAGGAGACGACUGGUACACUACUAGGGCAGGGCCUCUCCAGGAAACUUCCCAGCUCCACUCCCUUCAGAAUCCUCCUGGGGGUGUGGCUGGUCUUCGGCCUGGUCGUGUCGACUGCCUACCGGGGCAACCUUACCGCCUUCCUCACUGUGCCCAAGUACUCACCCAGAGCAGAGACGCUCCAUCAACUUAUCGAGAGUGGGGCCAGAGCGACAGUGCCCAUGGAUGACGGAGUCGAUCUCAUCAAGUUUUUCGGAAACUCGGGCUCCAGGGACUUCCAGAUCCUCUCUAGACGAGUCUACAUGGUCCCGGACACCAUGAAGGGUCUCCGGCAGGCCAUGGAAAGGAAGGAGGCCUACCUGUACAUACGCAAGUUCUUGGAGGCGAUGAUCGCUCAGUACUUCACGGACAAGAACGGCCGGAGUGGCUUGUACGUGGCCCGGGAGAACAUCUCGCCCGGGUUCGCCGCCUGGCCCAUCAUCAGGGACGCCCCCUUCAAGCAGCCACUGGACCGGUGCCUGGUGGCCCUAGUAGAGGCAGGGUUGUCGGAGAAGUGGAUGAAUGACAUGCUGGACGAUGCCAAGAGGGCGAGCAGGAUGAGAGAUCGCGUCACCCUCCAGCAUCCGGACGCCAUGAAGGACGCCACAUUCCAAGAGCAGGAGGACCUUCGCCCCUUGUCACUCACUCAUAUUCUUGGCCCUCUGGUUUGUCUGGUGCUGGGCCUUCUGCUGUCCCUUGCCUCCUUCAUGCUGGAGAUGCUAGUGACCUUUGUGGUUACAACUAGUUAGGGAGCCUCGGGAUUGAGGUUGAGCUCCUCAGCCUGGUGCUCCUAAUGACGAUGUCGUUUCAAGAUAGUCCUGCGCUUAUUCUUCAAGUCUCAAGGCAAACCUUUAACAUCCAUACAUCUUUCAACACUUUGUAUUUGUACUCAAUAUCACAAUUAUUAACACUGUGGAUUAUUGUGUAUAUACACAAUAAUACACAAUGAAAAAAUCCGUAGGAGCCAUGAAGAGGAUUCGAACCAAUGCGGUGGGUAUUCCCAGUCACACACACACACACACACGCUUUAGUCCACAACAUGGUCAAAAGAAUUGCAACCUGUGGUACUACUACUGCACCCACGAGACUUUCUUGAGGCUUCCACUAAAGCAGAACCAGGGUUUCAUACAAUCCCCUAAUGCACUCCGGUUCUGUCAUCUAGGAACGUUCUACCUCUGACGCUCUUCUUUCCAUACACAGAGAGUAAUCACACUCACUUGAGUGCAUCAAUGAGAAAAUCCGUAAGAACCAGAUGGGAGGAAAAUCUCCAACGAAUUUUCUCAUUGAUGCAGUCACGUUAGUGUGACUACUCUCUCUGAAUACACAAUAAUAUCAUUGAAUUUUAUAACGAUAUGCAUAAAUAAAGGAAUGACGUGAA